AUGGCCUGUCAGGCAAUCGAACUCUCUGCUCUGAUCUCCAAUCACAGGCAUACUCUGCGACGACUGGUGCUUAGAAACCUACUUUUGGUCGAAGCCCAUCAACGAAACUCUCCAGCGUGCUGGGUCCAUACCUUCGAAGAGAUUCGAUCUUACCACAUUCCCCAUGUCAAGCUUGCGGGUUCCUUCGCAAAUCCGACGAACCAGCAAUGGGCUGUUCGUGGAGCCACUGAAGAUCCGACAUGCCUUCUCAGCAGAGUCCAAGCCUGGCUAGUGGGAGAGGGCGAAGAGGUUUGUCCCAUCGAACGUGCUGCCGUACGGCUCGAUUCGAGUGGAAGGGAGAUUGUGCCGUUGGCAGGGGACCGUCCUGUAGGCGACACGUCGUUCUGCUUAGACAUGAGCCCGGCCCCUUCCGAAGACUUGGAUGGCGAAGAUUGA